AUGGGGAAGGUCACAACUUCUGCAACCCAGCCUGUUUCUCAAGAAGCUUCCAAUUAUGAUGAGGUUUUUAUGCAGCAGAGCUUGCUCUUCGAUGAUAGUCUGAAGGAUUUGAAGAAUCUGAGAGCACAAUUGUAUUCAGCAGCUGAAUAUUUUGAACUCUCGUACACCAACGAUGACCAAAAACAAAUAGUGGUAGAAACAUUGAAGGAUUAUGCUAUCAAAGCUCUUGUAAAUACAGUGGACCAUUUAGGGUCUGUGACCUACAAAGUAAAUGAUCUGUUGGAUGAAAAGGUCGUUGAAGUUUCUGUAGCAGAGCUAAGAGUAUCUUGCAUUGAACAGAGAAUAAAGACGUGCCAAGAUUAUAUGGAUCAUGAGGGGCGUACCCAACAGUCACUGGUGAUCAGUACUCCAAAAUAUCACAAGCGUUAUAUUCUGCCAGUUGGGGAGACCAUGGAUGGUGCUAACCGCACAAAGUCAAAAUAUGAGGGUUACAACCUAGAUGACGAAGAUGAUUGGCCUCAGUUUAGGAAUGCUGUUCGAGCUACAAUUAGAGAAACACCACCAUCUACAGCUAGAAGAGGGCGUUCCCCGUCACCUUCUUUACAACCUCAGAGAUCCGGAGCUUUUUCAUUCACUUCUUCUUCAAACAUGCCUAAAAAAGAUUUAGAGAGGCGAUCGGUUUCACCGUACCGAUUCCCCCUUCUCCGCACUGGAUCUCGGUCAAGUCGGCCUACUACACCCAAGAUAAGUAGACCAACCACUCCAAAUCCAAGCAGACCCACCACACCAAAUCCUUCAAAUGCAAGACAAAGGUACCCUUCAGAACCACGCAAAUCAUCUUCAAUGCGAUUAUAUGCUGAAAAAGACCCUGGCAAAGAUGUAGAGCAGUACCCCAGUAAGAGUAAACGUCUCCUGAAGGCCUUGCUAAGCAGGCGCAAGUCUAAGAAGGAUGACAUGCUAUAUACAUACUUGGACGAGUACUGA